AUGAGCUUGGCUACCAGACAAGCAAAUGCAGCAGACGAAAAUGUCUUUCUCUUUGUGCCAAACUUGAUUGGAUAUGCACGCAUCAUUCUGGCAGCGCUCAGUCUGAUAUACAUGAAGAGCAAUCCAAAGACUUGCACGCUUUUGUACGGCGUCAGCUGCCUCUUGGAUGCUGCGGAUGGCGUCGCGGCGAGGAGGUUGGGUCAGAGCACCAAGUUUGGUGCUGUGCUUGACAUGGUCACAGAUCGCUGCACGACAUCGUGUCUGCUGUGCUUCUUGACGACUGCGUAUCCGCGCUGUGCCAUUCUGUUCCAAGCGCUCAUCACGCUGGACUUUUCGAGUCACUACAUCCACAUGUACAGCUCCCUUGUCACUGGCUCGACCUCUCACAAGGUCGUCAAUGAGGACGUGUCAAAGCUCCUCAGACACUACUACAGCCAGCGGUGGUUGUUCUUCUAUUGUGCCGGAAAUGAGCUCUUUUUCGUGUGCCUCUACCUCCUGGACUUCUAUCCCACACCUCUCGGACUCGAGCCCUCAUGGUUCCUUGCCCCUCUGCCCUCAAGCCUGCAGCUUCAUCUCACAAGGCUCGCGGUAGACCAACCCAAAGGAGCAGUAGGCUUGGCUUUUGCUCUGGUCAGGCGAACCACGUGGCCGCAGAUCGCUGCGCUUGUGACGCUGCCCAUCUGCGCAGCCAAGCAAUUGUUCAACGCUUUGCAAUUCUGGAAGGCUGCCAAGGUAUUGGUGGGCAUCGACUUGAUCGAGAGGGCAAAGAAGAGAGAAAAGCAAGAAGAAUGA